GGUAUUAAGCAAGUGAGUACUUUGUGUAACUGUGGACUUCACCUCCUGCUAGGAGGAACAGCAUUAAAAGCAGAGUCUGUAAUAAAGAGCUGCUGGUUUACAAUUCAGUCAUAUAUACAUUGCAAUAAGUAAUUUCUAUGAGAAAACCCUUGUGAUUACUAGGUACAGAAAUGUUCUAUAAAGGCAAUGAAGACCCUCCUGGAUCAGUGCUGAAGGCAACCAUAUCCAAGUUAGUUUUCAUCAUGGGUCUCAACCUCCUUCUGAAUGCUCAAAUGGGCUCUGCCUACCAGCUGAUGUGUUACUUCAACAACUGGCCUCAGCAUCAGCCAGAUGUGAGAGAUAUAAAGCAUGAAGACAUUGACCCUUGCCUCUGUACUCACCUAAUCUAUUCUUUUGCUGGGAUUUGGGAAAAUAACUUCACCAUGACCAAAAGGAAAGAAUUGGAUGACUACAAAGGUUUUAAUGACUUAAAAAAGAGGCAACAUUUGUGGAGGUUUAUCCAUGCUUCUUUCAGAAACAACAAGCUGAAAACACUCCUGUCUAUUGGUUGCUGGAACUUCGGAGAUGGCUCUUUUAUCACCAUGGUGUCCACUCCUGAGAACCGCCAUUCUUUCAUUACUUCAAUCAUAAAGUUCCUGCGGAAGUAUGGAUUUGAUGGACUUAAUUUGGCUUGGCAGUACCCUGGCUGUUAUGGAAGCCCUCCUAGGGACAAACAUCUCUUUACUAUCCUGAUGCAUGAAAUACGUAAAGCUUUUGAAAAAGAGGUGAGCAAGAACAAAAAGCCCAGGCUGAUGGUUACUGCUGCAGUUGCUGGUGUUAUCUCUACAAUCCAAUUUGGCUAUGAGAUCCCCCAACUGUCACAGUCCUUGGACUAUAUUCAAGUCAUGACCUAUGAUCUCCAUGGAUCUUGGGAUGGCUACACCGGAGAAAACAGUCCUCUCUAUAAAUCUCCAAUUGAAACUGGAGUAAAGGCCUUUCACAACAUAAAAUACAUUAUGGACAACUGGAAGAAAAAAGGGGCUUCCCCUGAGAAGCUCAUUGUUGGAUUUCCAGCAUAUGGACACACCUUCAUCCUAAGUGACUCCACUAAAACAGAAAUUGGUGCCCCUAGCAAUCGUGGUGGCCAUCCAGGACCCCACACAAAGCAAACUGGAUUCUGGGCCUAUUAUGAGAUUUGCACAUUCCUGAAAAAUGGAGCCAUUCAGGUCUGGAAUGCUGCUCAGCAAGUGCCCUAUGCCUUCCAUGGCAAUGAGUGGGUUGGCUAUGACAAUAUCAAGAGCUUUCAUAUCAAGGCUCAGUGGCUUAAGCGGAACAACUAUGGAGGUGCCAUGAUUUGGACCAUUGAUAUGGAUGACUACACUGGUUCUUUCUGUGGUCAGGGCACAUUUCCCCUGACUUCCAUCUUGAAGAAAACCCUCAAAGUGCACAGUGCAAGUUGCAAUGUAACUGUCCUUUCAGCCAAUGUGACUGUUAGCAGGAAUAGCAGCUCUGGGGCAUUGGAGCCUGUGUUGCAACUCAGUAGCAAAUAACAGACGUAGCAUCUGGCAGAGCCUGAAGGGAAUCCCAUUCCAGAACGGCCAGGAAGAAUCUGUCUUCAAGAGCAGCCAACUUUGCAGACCUAGACAAGGACAUAAUCUGCUACAUUUCUCCUGGGGCUCUGCAUGGUGUCUCUUGACACUUUCUAGGACCAUCUUACUUCUACUA